CUAUAGUGAUAAAAGUGCGUUAUUGUAUAUCCUAAAAUUCGUCCAAAUACAAUUCCUAGGUAUAGAUGUUUAUAAACGUUGUCUGUUUAGGUAUCAUGAAUGACGUUGAUAUUCCUGAAACCGGUGCAGUAUUCACAUUCGGCCAAAGCAGGUUCGCAGAUAACAUCCCGAGCCAUUUUUUCAUCAAGAAUGAUCCAAUAAUAGAGAUUUCCUGCGGCGAUCAACAUACGGCCGUUGUUUGCAAAAAUGGCAGAGUUUUCAGUUUUGGCAGUAACGAAUGGGGACAGCUAGGAUUAGGACAUAAAGAUCCGGUUAACAAACCUAGUUGCGUAAAAAGUUUAAAGCCAGAAAAAGUCAAACAUGUAGCUUGCGGUAGAGUUCAUACCGUAUUUACAACCGAAAAUGGCAAAGUGUACAGUUGUGGUUGCAAUACCGAUGGGCAAUUGGGCAUUGGCGAUAGUGAAAUGCUUGAUUACGUUGCGUUACCGAUGUUCGUUACAGAAUUAGAAGACGAGAUAAUACAAGUAUCAGCAGGAUCUCAACACUCAGCUUUACUAACAGCUAAAGGCACAGUAUACGUUUGGGGAAGCAACAGCGAUGGCCAACUUGGAUUAGUUCAAUCCGAUGUCAGCAUAUAUGCAGAUCCAACACAACUCAACAUUCCAGAAACGAUAGUCCAAGUGAACUGUGGAUAUUAUCACACCGGUUUCGUAACAGAUUCAGGUGACUUGCUUCUGUGUGGUAAUUGCGAAAAUGGGAAACUCGGUAUCAACGAUCACGAUCAAAAAGAGCAAUGGAUUCCUACCAAAACAUCAAUUCCAGCUAAAAUAAUCUCCGUGGCUUGUGGAAGUCAUCAUACCAUCGCGUUGACAGAUAAUGGAAAAUGUUACGUUUGCGGAGAUAAUACGUACGGUCAAUCAGGACUUGAUGAUGUUAGUUCGACCGAAAAAUGGACCGAAGUUUCAUUGCUGAGCGAUCUGUUUAUAACACACGUUUCGGCUGGAGAAAGUCACUCCAUGUUUUUAACAGAUGGUGGAAUGCUUUAUGCAUGUGGAGACACACGAUAUGGUAAACUAUGCAUUAACGAAGCCAUAUUGGAAAAUUCCGUUACCAAGCCAGUCCAAGUCCAUUUUCCUGUACCUUCAAUGAAACUAAACACCGUUGUAUGCGGAGGUUGUCACACAAUGAUCAUGGCAUCACCUGUAACCGCAUCCAAUAAACUCUCUCCAGUUAAAGAAAUCAAAGCGCCUAAAAUAGACAAAGAUUAUCUAUUAGUUAACAAAAACGAAAAUAAUCAUUCUACCAAAAACGAUCUAUCUCCUUCGAAGAAACCAGACCAAGAUUUGACACCUAUAUCCAAUAAUAAUGCAAACAACGAUCAUCAAUCAGAGGAAGUUCGUAGUCUAUCUUAUACUACGAACAUCGAUCGUAACAGUUUAGAAGAUCUAUCGGGUAGAAAUUCUCCUAAUGUAGAAAAAACCAAUUCAAUGACCAGUGAUGAUUUAGAUACCAAGAAUAUCAAUAGUCCAAAACCUACCAAUGGAGUAGAGUUACAAAAUAUAAACGAAAUAAAAACGGAAGCUGCAAACGUUGCUGAAAACAAAUCUGUUUCAGACAACACACAUGUUCAUUGCGAAGGAAGAUUUAAAAAACUCCUAAGACAAUUCGGUUUGCAAAAAAUCGUCCAUUCCAAGAACGAAAACAAUAAUGUUCCAGCUUCUUUCACAAAUUCGCAAGAUAAAAAAGAAGACAACAAAUCAAAUGAAAAAAAGGUGACCUCCAAAGUUUGCACACUCCUGUAAGAAAAUUUUACAUUAUUUUUUAUACUAUCAUUUUUAUACAACAGUCGUGUAAAACCAAAGAACAUUGAGAAUUGUCGAAUUUUUAAUAUACACGUUUGAAAUCUA